CGUGGGCUGGAGUCACGUGGCCCACCGAGGAAAAAGGGGGUCCUUUUUGGUGUAAAUCUGGACUCUAAUUCCGUAAUAUAUCAAGGAAUCUCGUAAAACCGACACUAAAACGUCCCUGCCUACAAAUCAUCCGGCCAAAUUAUGAGUUCAUUGUAUUAUGCGAAUGCUUUAUUUUCUAAAUAUCCAGCCGCAAGUUCGGUUUUCCCUCCCGGAGUCUUCCCCGAACAAACUUCUUGCGCUUUCGCACCCAACGCCCAGCGCCCGGGCUAUGGAGCGGGCUCGGGCGCCUCCUUCGCUGCCUCCAUGCCGGGCUUGUACCCCAACGGGGGGGGGAUGGCGGGGCAGAGCGCGGCCGGCGUCUACACGGCCGGCUAUGGGCUGGAGGCGGGUUCCUUCAACAUGCACUGCGCGCCCUUUGAGCAAAACCUCUCCGUGAUGUGUCCCGGCGACUCUGCCAAGGCAGGCGGCGGCAAGGACCAGAGGGAGUCCGACUUGGCCGCUGAAAGUAAUUUCCGGAUCUACCCGUGGAUGCGGAGCACAGGGACAGACCGCAAAAGAGGCCGUCAGACAUACACCCGCUACCAGACCCUGGAGCUGGAGAAGGAGUUCCACUACAAUCGUUACCUAACCCGGAGGAGACGCAUCGAGAUCGCUCACGCCCUAUGCCUGACCGAGAGACAGAUCAAAAUCUGGUUCCAGAACCGACGGAUGAAAUGGAAAAAGGAGAACAAGACCACCUGCCCCAGUUCCAACAACCCAGAUAAACCAGAGGCUGAGGAAGAUGAGGAGGAGUGAGAGACAGAGAGAGAAAAUGAGAAAAGAGAGAGAGGAAAGGAGAGAGAGAG